CAGCCGGAGGAGGGCUGUAGGGAUUUAAAGGUAGCAGCGGGUGCUGCUGCCCACCAACUCCAGUUUGAUUGACAGAUGAAGAUGAGGUGCUGUGUUCUGCUCGUGCUGUUUCUCCAAUAUCUGGGAGGUUCAGGCCUCCCUCUGUUUGAACUGAGUUCUAAAGCAGACGAUGCACUAAGGAUGGCCCUAGACGAGAUCAACGCUCGCUAUGCUCGGCUUCACCUCUACAGGGUGUCCAAGGCUACAGUCACAAGAGUUGUUCCACUGGGGAUGAACACGUAUGAUAUGAUGCUGAAAUUUGGGAUAAGGGAGACAGAAUGUCGGAAGGGCUCUGGGAUUGACCCUCAGGGCUGCGCCUACCGUAGAGGCUUCUUUGUGUUGGAGGCAGGCUGUCACAUCAGAGCACGUUUGUCUGAGAGACUCACCAAUAUUGUCUCCCUAAAAUGCAGCCCGGCACAAAGUUCUAGCUCCGAGUCCAGUGAAGAGGUGUGGACCGGAUGGCACUAUGAUCCAAAUCGCCUUGCCCGUAGAGACCCUGUACCUUCGACUGCGACUCCAAGCUCUCACGCACCUCCACCGAUACAUCCUGGGCGCCAUGGUGACAUCAACAUUCGUGAAGAUUAUAUGAGCAACCAUCUGGAAUAACCACAGCCAUUUUUUAAGCGUACAAAAGUAAGGGAUAUAGGAAUACAGGGUCUGGAGAUUUAAGUCUGAUUUUGUAUAGGUGCUAGAAAGUUCAGGAGGUGCUAUAUAACAUUCAAGAUUACUUAAAUGUUCAAAAAUUAUGAGAUAAAAAUUUCAGUAACAUAGUCUGUCCACAUUGUGGGCAUCCUCUUUGACAAAUAUUAUAAUAAACCGCGUCAUCUUGCUAUUGUGA